AUGUAUUACACUUUGCCAACACCACCACCAGGUGUUUUUCAAGACAAAAAUAAGUUAAUAGAUCAUAUCAACUCAAAUUCAUUGCAACAUGGUUACAAGAUCUCGAUUCUAGGUCAGACUCGACAGGUACAGAUUGAUUUCAAGUGUUCCAAAGGAAAAACCCGUCAGCCAUGGAGCAAGGGUACCUGUCCUUUCAAACUAGUGGCGAAACAACCGACCAAGAAAGAUCUCUGGACACUCACUGUUGUGGAACCUCGACAUGAUCAUCCAGCUAGCACUCUUGAACUGAAAAUACGAUCAAAGCCUAACUUUAAAUCAGAAGAAUUUGUAGAAGAUGAAGAGGAAGUGGCUUACCUUAAUUUUGUUUCUGAAUGGUCUGAAGAUUUAUCGUGGUCUGGAAAUUCAUUUUCACUUCCUUUGAACCUCAGUACACACCUUAAAGAAGAAUACACAGGCUUAUUCCGGCGAAUGAGAAAAUUAGAUGAUGUUACUCAGGAUUACCUCCUUCAAGCUUUUAAAAAGGCUUUGUCAACUACUGAAUUGAUUGUCAAGAACAAAAAAAAACGCAAGAGGAAUUCAGCCGAUCAAACAUUCAACAAACCAGUCAAAGUUCCUCAUAUUGAUAUUGAAUCACUUGCUAAGACGAACAAUCUAACCACCGAGUUGAAGAACAUACCUGGUGCUGACACCUCGACAAAAGCUGCUGAUUUUCCUGGUAUCAAUCUUAAUGAUGAAAAUGAACAUCAAACACUUGCUGAAAUGAAUAAUCUAACCAACAAGUUUCUCACCAUACCUGGCUCUGAAGCGUUGAACAAAGCCAACAGUGAAUCUCCUUCGGGUCAUCUCACACCAACAACUAAAGCCGAAUACAAUCAAAUGUUUUCAGGAAGUGGUGGAAAUCUGAAUACCACUCAAUAUGAAUCUCAGCCGGAUGUAGAUCUAAAUAAAUCAAUGAAAUCAUGUGACUCUCCAAUGCCUGAUAUCACAAUGCUCUUGGAUCGACAACUCAGCAAAUCAAAGACGAUUGAUCCCUCUCUCCUAGCUCAAUCUUCAGUCAAGCAAUCGACUUUCAAUGCUUCCCAAUAUGAAAAAAAUGAAGAUCUGACCCCUCAAGUUGAGAUAACACAUACAAUCCAACAUAAACUGAAACAAACUGAAGAAAACAAAGACGAACAGACCAUCAGUGAAACUCCAGGAUCCGAUUCCUUUCCCAAAGAUGAUUCAAACACUCUUCAAAAUCACCUUACUCGAUGUCCAUCUUCAAAAAAUGCACUGCGCUCGAAUACUAAUGGUGUAAAUCACUUGGUUUGUUCAAGAUCAGCUUCACCCCCUACCUCAGGACUUUCAUCUCCUGAAACUUCAAAAGGACGGACUGACAAAGAUGUAUCUAUUGUAACCAAACAGAAAGAAGAUAACAACCUUGCACACCAUUCCUCUUCUCUCUCUGACAAACCACUCAAUCGAUCUUCCUUGGCUAACACUAGCAGGAAAAUUCUGCGUUCCAAUGUUUCUCAAGGGCUUAAAAACCCAAAGAUCACCAAAGUAUCCACCUUAUCACUCAGAUCCUCUUCUCGUCUUCACCAAGAAGAAGAGACGACUCAAAAAAAUCGAUUGGUUCCUUCAACAAGAAGACUUACAAGGGCCACGUCUGGCUCAAAUCGACCAGCAGAAGCACCACACAGUUUGCCAAGUGCAUCUUGCAUCUCACACAAAGCUAAGCCGAUUUGUGAAUCUGUCACCAUUCAGCCUGUUACUUCGAGAAUUGUUGAUGUCAAGAAUGAUAAAGAUUUGAAUUCUUCUGGUUCAUCAUCAUCAGAGCUUUCAUCAGCUUCGGACGAAUCUGAUGAGGAAUCAGAUUCAGAAAUACCCGAUGAUGAUUCAACAUCAGAAAAAUCCGAAGAUGUUGCAGACACAGGAAAUUUCGAUACAGUACACCAUGUACGCAUGUUGUCAUGCCAAUUCUUUUUUAUGCUUGCUAACGCUCUGCCUACCUACCUCAUUCCAGGCUUUCAAAUACAUUAA